AUGUCUAAUAAUAAUAACAACAAUGAUGAUGAUGUCGAUCUUCUCAAGAUUGCGGAGUUGAGAUUGCAGCUCGGAAAUUCAGAAGAUGAUCAAGAAAACGAUGAGUCCAAACAAACCCGAGAUGAUCAUGAUGGUGGUACUUCGAGCCGUUCUCCUCCUGCCCCUAGUCUUGCUGCCACUGCUGCUGUCCCUCCUCUUCCAACAUCAACCACCACAAGUGGCUUUGAUAUUAUGAAGAUUGUCAGAGAAAGAGCUGAUGCUGCUCGUCUUGAAACAGCUGUAGGCUUGGAGCUAGUAGAACUCACCGAAAAAGUUGGCACAACACAGAUGGGCAACAACAGCUGCCAUGACAGAAUCACAGAUAACGCACAAGUGCCACAACCUACCAUUCUAACAAAACUACCCGAAUUUUCUAGACAACAGCAAAUGAAUCCUGGUGCAUAUGCCGUUGAUGGUCCAUGUCUUGCUAAUGACAGAGAGAAUCGUUCGAAUACUGGAAGUGAUACUGGUAGUAAUACUGGUAGUAAUACUGGUACCAGUGAGGAAGGCCUUAACAAUUGGCUUGAAGAAAUUGCAGAUGACGAAAUCAUCGCACAUCCUAUAGAUGAUGAUCAGCAGAUAGGCCUUUUACCCAAUGCAGAGCCACUACCUACCAACCGGAGAUCAAGACAGUACUGGAGGCAAAAGUUGCUUUGUUCCCUUUCCGUCGAGAUCAAUGUGGCUUUUUUUCUUGUAUCUAUUAUUGUCCUAAUUCUGUUGGCGACAUCCAAACAAGGAAACAAGAAUCAAAUACCACAAAAAAAUGGAUCAAUUUAUACUCCUCCAAAUCCUGUGGAAGUCGCAACAGCACAGACCUUUUUGGAGUCACUCAAUCUACCUCGCUACACACUAGAGGCACUGGCAAACUCCAGAUCUCCUCAGACCAAGGCAUAUCAAUGGUUGGUCAACAACAUCAAUAACCAAACCUUCACGCAACCAGAUCUACCAAAAUCGAGACUGAUACAAAGAUUUGCUAUGGCCACAUUCUUCUAUUCCACAAGAGGGGACUAUUAG